UUUGUUUUUGCUUUUGUUUUUUAAUUUAAACCUGAUCACCAAAUCGGGAUCGCUGUUCAGGAUAACUGUGACCCGGAACUCCUCGGAUUUUAUCACUUGCGGAUUUACGGAGAAAAUGGCAGCUGUGAGACUUGCAAAAUUGUUAUCAUAUUCAGCUGUAAUUUUUUCUUUCCGAGAACUAGUUGUUUAAAGUGUUGUUGUUGCCUCAACAAUGGACAAUCCUGAAGAAGCUGUUAUUCCCAGCUUAUUGAGCAGUGGUGCACAAGGGAACACAGAUCCCUCUGAAAUGGAGCACGAGCUGCAUGACUUUCGUAGUCAAUGGCGACAGGAGCUAAGCACAAGGUCGCCGAGGGGAGCAGAGCCUGCCAAGGACCUCCAGAGAGACAGUUAUAUCUUAGAACAGGCCAAGGUGUUGUUCAUGAAAGGUUCACAACUGGAGCAGUCAGGGCAAUUGUAUGAAGCGGUGGCGUUUUACAAGAGGGCGACCCAGCUUGUCCCAGACAUAGAAUUCCACAUAGACUUCACAUCAUUCCACAACUCCCGAGAGAGACAGGAGAGUGAGAGCUCCAUUGGAAGUAUAGACAAUGAGGAACUGGAGGAGAAUUUGGUGGAUUACUUUCAAAACCUGCAGCUGUCUGAGGACAGUGACAACCAAAAGUUUUGCAGCCCAGAAUUUCAACAGAGGGUAACCCACAUCUCUGUGUUACCUGUGGAACUCCUGAACUACGUUUUACGCUGGGUCGUUUCUGUUGACCUUGACAUGAAGUCCCUGGAAAAUUUCUCACUGGUGUGCCGUGGUUUUUACCUGGCUGCUAGAGACGAGGGAAUUUGGCGGUCAGCAUGUCAGAAAGUUUGGGGGGCUAGUACAGGGAAAUGUAAGAAGUAUGGGGGCUGGAGGAAUAUGUUUAUACAGCGACCUCAUUUACUGUUCAAUGGAUGUUACAUCAGUAAGCUGUCGUAUGUUAGACCGGGAGAGAAGAGUUUAGACAACUUCUACAGGCCCUAUCACUUGGUGGAGUACUACAGAUAUGCCCGAUUCUUUCCGGAGGGUAUAAUAAUGAUAUUUACCAGCCCAGAUGACCCACACAGUGUACUUCCCAAACUGCAGUUAAAGUCAGCCAAAGACACGGGGAUGUUGAAGGGCAUGUACAAACUGACAGGUGAUACGGUGACUGCAGUAUUGAAACGAGUGAAGACAAAAGACCAAUCUAUUCCAUACUACAAGAAACAACAAAGACAGAGGAACCAAAACGACAUGGAAAUGACUUACCAUGUGGAACUUGAAUUGUGUAACAUGGGGAGAAAAAGUUCCGCAAAACUGCAGUGGGUGAAGUAUGCCGUCACCACUAAAUACCUAAUGACUGGACAAGAAAACACAUGCGCCUUGCUGGACAACAAAGGUUUUCCUCCCCUGCUCUUCUCGCGCGUCAAGAGUUACACUUCGUCUUCUGAAACCCCCCUUCUUUAGUCUCCUUCCCUAACAGGUGCCCCCCCCCCCCUACUCCUUCUCCUCCCCCCCUACUCCUUCUCCUCCCCCCCCCCCCCCUUCCCCCGAUACAACGACACCGACUGCCGCACAGCAGUGGGAUAUCUGUUGUAAGAAAUGUGAUGUUUUCAUGUACUGCAGAAUUUGAUAUUUUGUAUGGUUUUAGACUUGUAUUUACUUUAUACUUGAGACUUGUAUUUACUUUGUACUUGACUAGAUAUAGUGAAAUAGGUCCCAUGGUAUAUCGUGAAGGUUUGAUUAUUCCUUAAUUAAUCUGUAACUCUCGAGGUAUUCAGGUAUUGAUGGUGUUGUGAUAGAACCACACCACAUAAGUUUUUGUUUUUGUGUUGUUUCUAUACAGCUGAGGCGUGCUUGUUUUGGCUGGUACUAGUGAACUUUUCUGCAUUCGUUUGUUUGAUUCAUUGUGCCAUAAGUUUGGAAAUCGGAUAACUUUCAUUUUACAUGACUAAAAGAAAAAAAUGUUUGUGUGUCUUAAUUUUUCUCAGUUAGCAAUGAUAACUUUAAGUUUUGAUGAAACUUACAAAAUUAUCUUUAAAUCAUAUCCCCAGUACAACUUGAUCGGAGACUGUAAUUCUUGUUUUAUUGAAAUGAAGUGUAUUUGUCUUAUGGUUAAGGUACAGUGCUUGUAAGUUAUUACCGGAUUCCUCAGUCAUAUUUUUACUUGAUAUUGUUUUGACUUUAUAAAUACAUGUACAAUUGUACGUACAUGUAUGCUGAGUGAAUUGCACAUGUUAGUGAUAAUUUUGUGUUGGUUUGAAUUUUGGAGUUGUUUAUUCUAAGUGAAGACUUGUCCACUGAGGCAUUCACCUGGACUAUUUUAUGUUAGUGGAUUGUGAAAUCGUGACACUGACAAAUAAAAUGUCAAAUCUGUAAACCGAGAUAAUUUGAUAAAAACGAAAACUCCAACGAUUUGUUCUUUAAUUUUAUUAGUGAUUUUUUUGAUAAUUGUAAAAUUAUACACCAUCGCUAUUCAUUUGUGUAAACAAUUAACCCAGUGAGUGUUAGAAGCAACUGGUAUAGUUACAUGUAUAUGCUUUAUAUUUAUUUGUACUUCUAUGAUUGGAAUAAUCUAUCAAUAUGGUGCACCACUGAUAAAAUUAUCAGCAGAGGAAUACAUGUUUUGAUGCAAGUUUUGUUUAUAUAAGGUAAUCUUUAUUGAGUUUUGAGAAGCGUGAUCCUAUCUAAUUUCCUGAGACUUUUAAGACGUUUUUUCCAAGAACACUUAUGAUAUAAAAUAAACAUUCUGUUAAAACUUUGUCAUGUGUCCUGGUCGUGACUGAAAUGGAUAGUGAGGAAUUGUUGUUUCCUUCCCAUUAGCUUUUUAGUUCACCCAAGUACCUAUUGCACACAUUAUAGCUAUUUAUUAUAGCAUUUCUUUGUGAAACAUUUAGAUAACAUUAUCCUUCAUGCUAUUAAUACUAAAUUGAGUUUACAAUAUGUACAUGAAUAUUUAGAAGGAGUGGGUGGUCUAUUACCAAAAUUGAUUGAUUGAUUAAAUAUUGUUUAACGUCCCUCUCGAGAAUAUUUCACUCAUAUGGAGACGUCAUCACUGCCGGUGAAGGGCUGCAAAAUUUAGGCCUAUGCUCAGCGCUUAUGGCCUUUGAGCAGGGAGGGAUCUUUAUCUUGCCACACCUGCUGUGACACGGGACCUCGGUUUUUGCGAUCUCAUCUGAAGGACCGCCCCAUUUAGUCGCCUUCUACGACAAGUAAGGGGUACUGAGGACCUAUUCUAACCCGGAUCCCCACAGGACUUACCAAAAUUGUAAAUUUCAUAUUCCCAGGAGUAGGAGUUUGGUACAAGGGUGGGGCCAAAAUGGUCAUGGUAGGUUUUAGAAUGUAUGUGUUAACAUUUGAACAUUUUUAACUUUUUGAUAACCACCCUUCCAAUUCUUUUCAAAUUUGGUAUGCAGCAUUUUUGGGACGACAACAGGGUAAUUAAUUGUAAUUUUCAUACUCCUGCACUGCAACAACCACAUAUCUGUCCUUCCUUACUUUGUCUUUUAUAUGAAUUUUGCACGCCCCUAAGAUUUGUUAUAUUUUGAUAGGUUGCAAUCUUUUAAGGUAGCUCAUUACACUAAAAUUUCAUUUAAUUGAUUAUUAAAACACCUCUUAUGAAGUAUGAUUUCAUCAUUUAAAGAGUGAUGCAAGCUCUCAAUUAUUUUAUAUGUAUUUUCUGUGGUUUUUCUGGAAUGAUAAAAAAGGUGUUUUCUUUACAAAUGAGAGAUUCUAGAGUCCACAUUUUGUUGUGAUUUGGUGCAUGACAUGAAUAUUUAAUAAAGUGUGCCUAAAAGAU